AUGGCUGAUGCCCUUGAAUCCGCUGUGAAGAGCCUUGAGAAUAUCGCAGCCCUAGUUACCGGGGCACAGGUGUCGAAACCUCUCACCUCCAGCGAUCUCUUGCGACCACUUACCGGCCCAGGCCGAAUCGUCACGAACCUAUCGCCACGGCCACCAAACUCACCGAACGGCACCAGAUCAGCCUCUACUACUGCCACCGCGAAAAUCAAGAAGGGGCUGCUGGAAGCCUACAAGAGUUUAACUGAAGCAAAGAAAGGACUGGUGAUCCUUACUAGGGAUCUUUCAAACACGAAGAAUGAGUUGUUGAAGGCGAAGGCGGCAAACGAUGAACUUGCGGACGCCUUGGAAAGCAGACCGACUUCCUCUCGGCCAAGAUCCACACAGAACCCCGUGAUUAGUAGUUUCAAUACCAAGAACGUGAGGCCUGACACCGUCCCAGUUGAGAAAACGUCCAAGCAAGUCACGUUUGCCAAGUCAUAUAAAGCACCCCCGAGUAUGGCGAUCGGACUGUACGCUCUCGACGUCGCCAUCGGGGAUACCACGCGGAUCUCGGCCUUCAUAAGCAACCUUGAAAACGACAGUUUCGAUGUCAACAUUGAUGGCAAUCCGGUGAACUCGGGCGGUUGCAUCUGGCUUGAAAUUGAACCAGAUCAUCAAGACUUCCAAUGCGGGCGGUAUAGCACCCUUGAAGACCAUCCUUGGAGCACUUCAGAGGCAACCCACGAGCGUCGAAUCUCGUUUGUGAGACCAUACGAUGAACCACCUGAGGUGGUUGUCUGGUUGAGCGCCUUCAAUAUGCAUCCGGAAAAGAAUUGGCGUGUCAAAUCAUUCGCAUCAGAUGUCACCACCACAGGAUUCACGAUUCACAUCGAAACAUGGGGCGAUAGCGAGUUGUUUGCCGCCGCGGCUAGCUGGAUCGCCUAUCCUAGGGAAAAGGCAGAUAUCUGCAGCGGCAGCUUCAGCACAAUGGAUGUACGCUCAUGGGACAAUCCAAGGCCAAAUACGUCCGGCCCGGUAGAAUUCGCAGCGGAUAUGUUUUCGACCACACCAAGGGUUGUUCUAGGAAUUAAUAGCUUGGAUGCGGGAUGCGAUGGGGGUCUUAGACUCGAGUUGAUGGGGACAGAUGUUUCUUCGAAGGGUAUGACUUGGAAUCUGAACUCAUGGAAAGAUACUACCAUGUACUCGGCCGGUGGAACAUAUGUAGCCCUUAUGUGA